AUGAAGCUGCUCGGCACCGUGGCCGCCCUCGCCCUGUGCGAUGCCGCGAGCCACACGUACGCCGUGGCCGUCAAGCCGCGGCCGCACACGGCGAUGCCCAACCUGGCGGCGCGCGGAACGGAGAUGAGCCUCAUGGCGGCCAAGCCCAUCGGCAACGCCAUCAACCGCGCCGGGUGGAAGGUCACCUGCGACGGCGAGGAGGCGGGCAACGAGUGCGCCAAGGCCAUCGACGGCGACAACAACACCAUGUGGCACACGGCGUGGCAAAACGACAACCCGCCGCCGCCGCACACCAUCACCGUGGACAUGGGGUCCGCGCAGACCAUCAACGGCAUCUCGGUGCUGCCGCGGCAGGACGGCAUCGAGCACGGCUGGAUCGCGCGCCACGACGUGCUCGUCAGCGACGACGGGCAGACCUGGGGCGACCCCGUCGCCACGGGCACCUGGUACACGGACGCGACGGCAAAGUACGCCAACUUUGAGCCGCGCAGCGCCCGGUACGUGCGCCUCGUAGCCAGGAGCGAGGCCCAGGGCCGUCCCUGGACGAGCAUCGCCGAGCUCAACGUCUACCGCGCCGAUGGACCCCCCGUGCCCAAGAACGGCAUCGGCAAAUGGGGCCUCACGCUCGACUUUCCCGUGGUGCCGGUCGCAGGCGUCGUGGACCCCCUGACGGGCAAGGUGGUGGUCUGGUCGGCAUACGAAAACGACCAGUACGAAGGGUCACCCGGCGGUUGGACGCUCACGUCCACAUGGGACCCGGCGACGGGGGAGGUGACGGAGCGCAACGUGACCAACAUCGGGCACGACAUGUUCUGCCCGGGCGUGUCGCUCGACGCAUCCGGCCGGGUCGUCGUCACGGGCGGCAGCAACGCGCAAAAGACGUCCUUUUACGACGCCGCGACCGAGGCGUGGGUGCCGGGCCCGGACAUGAAGACGCCGCGCGGGUAUCAAGCCUCGGCGACGUGCUCCGACGGGCGCGUCUUCACCAUCGGCGGGUCGUGGAGCGGCGGCCAGUUUGAGAAGAACGGCGAGGUCUGGGACCCGAGCUCCAACUCGUGGCGCGCGCUGCCGGGGGCCGCCGUCAAGCCCAUGCUCACCAAGGACCGCGGCGGCAUCUACCGCGCCGACAACCACGCCUGGCUGUUCGGCUGGCGCAACGGCAGCGUCUUCCAGGCCGGGCCCAGCACCGCCAUGAACUGGUACUACACGGCCGGCGACGGACGGGUGCGGUCCGCGGGCCAGCGCCGGGCCCCGCGCGGCGCCGACCCGGACGCCAUGUGCGGCAACGCCGUCAUGUUCGACGCCACCGCCGGCAAGAUCCUGACGGUGGGCGGCGCGCCGCACUACGAGGACGCCGACGCGACGACCAACGCGCACGUCCUCACGCUGGGCGACGCCGGCGCGGCGCCCAAGGUCGUCUUCGCGGGCAACGGCAUGGCGCACCCGCGCAUCUUCGCCAACGCCGUCGUCCUCCCCGACGGCACCGUCUUCGUCACCGGCGGCCAGCAGCACGCCGAGCUGUUCAAGGACACGACGCCGCAGCUGACGCCCGAGCUGUACGACCCCGCGCUCGGCGCCUUCGUCGAGCAGGCCCCCAACUCGGUGGUGCGCGUCUACCACAGCAUGGCGCUGCUGCUCCCCGACGCGACGGUCCUGAGCGGCGGCGGGGGGCUCUGCGGCGGCGCCUGCGACACGAACCACUUCGACGCGCAGGUCUUCUCGCCGCGGUACCUGUUUGACGGCGAGGGCCAGCCCGCGGCGCGGCCCAAGAUCCGCGCCGUCGCGAGCAAGGAGGUGCACGCGGGGGAUGCCAUCAAGGUGACGACCGACGGGCCCGUCAAGAGCGCCGCGCUGGUGCGCUACGGCUCGGCCACGCACUCGGUCAACACGGACCAGCGGCGCGUGCCCCUGACGCUGCGGCAGGACGGCGGGAGCUACGCGUACAGCGCGGACCUGCCGCGGGAUCUGGGCGUGCUGCUGCCGGGGUACUGGAUGCUGUUUGUCAUGAACGACAAGGGCGUGCCGAGCGUGGCGGCGACGGUCAAGGUGCUGCUGUGA